AUGCGCGUGACGGGUGCAUCGCAAGGCUUCACGAUCACGGCGGGCAUCGGGCAGGGAUGUCCUGUCAGCCCCUUGCUCUUUGUGCUUGUAACGUUCAACCGCCAGUUGGACACCGUCGAAGGCCGCCGCGAGCGCUGGGCAUUCGCCAAUGACUUCGCUCUUGCGGGGGCCGGCGGGCAUUGGGCACGGCCGCAGCUGCGCCGCCACUUCGCGCCCUCCGCCGCAGCGUCUGGGCUGCGCCUGAAUUUCGAAAAGAUUGCGUCGCCAGACUGGGGCGCGGCGCGAAUCGCCUUCUGCGGCGCGCACCUGGGGUUCGAGGUCGGCCCAGCGGCGGCGGAGAGUAGAUGGGGGGACUCCGUGCGGAAGUACAAGGAGCUUCGGGUGGCUCUUGUUGGGGGGAACUACCAGCGCCGUCUCCGCCUGGACGAGCUGCGGGGCCGCUUCGAGGCAGCUCGCUCCCGUGCCGCGGCACCUUCCUGGGACAUCGAGUGGAGAUGGCACGCUUGGUUCACCGCCGACCCUGUCCCGAAACUCCUAGCCGCGAUGGGGAGCUUGGCCCGCCAGGGCAUCGCAGAGCCCAGCGUCGUGGAGCAGGGGGCGGGGCGCGGACCCGGGCUCCCUGCCGGGCCGCCGGGCCCAGCGGUGCCGACUGGUCAUGCAGCGUCUGCCGAGCUCACGGCGCCGCGAGUGCGAGCGGCCGUGCUGCGCACCUGGCUCAACGGCUGGUGCACAGGGCCCCGUUUUGGGGCCCGCGGAGGGCGCUGCCUCUUCGGCUGCACCGAGGGUGAUGACGACGUCCGGCAUUACGUCCGCUGCCGGCAUCUCUGGCGAUUUGGGGUGGACAAGUUUGGUUUGGCGGACCCAGGGCACCCCGAGGCCCGCGCCACGCGGGCUCUGCUGUGGCACGCCGGAGCCCCUCCUCAGGAAGUGGCCCGCACGGCAACGAUGGUCGCCGUCGGCUACAAGGCCCACGCCGUUGUCAGCCACGCGGCGAGGGCCAACCCUUACAUCCAGAGGGUGUUCGCGGAGGUCCUCCGGCAACUCCAGAAACGGCAGCCCGCGGCAGGCGAGGCGGGCAACG